AUGGUUAAUCAGGGCCAACCGCAACCUAACCUCUAUGACAAACACAUUAACAUGUUUCCACCAGCAAGGGCGCGGGAGUCCUCGCAUAAAUUGGGAAAUGCCAAUUCGGAUAGGCAUGGUUUGCCAGCUCAAAAUAUAGUGCCUGCACCCUAUCCAGUGGAUGACUCUAUCGUUGAACUCACACCAGCUAUUCCUUUUACAUCCCCUUCAUCUUCCUCAUCAUUAUCGCUGCCUUUGAGUGCGCUGAAUUUCACAGACGGGAAUGCUGAUGGUGGUCAAUUAGGCACUCCAGUAACCAUAAAUAGUAAUAACGGCAUGGACAUUUUUAAUUCCAAGCCAACAGGUGAAAUAGGAUAUGCCAAUAAUGGCACCAACAGUACUGGUAGUAGGUAUGAACUUCCUUUCAAUUUUAGUUCUACAAAAGAGAGUUUGGGUUCACCAGCUGUACAAGAUGCAUCAAUAAGCAGUGGAAAUCGAAUAUCAGAGUCUGUAAGGGACAACUCAGCGCCACCACCCUAUGAGGAAUCUGAAUCUAGGAUACUGCAGGAAAAAGUUUACAGAACCGAGGAAAAAGCUCCAAUACGACCUUUGAAUAAUAAUCCUGUUCCACCACAAAAAAUCAACCAACCACCCACUGGGAGCGCGAAGACAGACGAUAAUGGGUCCUCAGGUGGUGAGGACAAACUGUCUUCCUAUUCACCAGAGGCAUUGGCUUUCUAUCAAGUGUACAAGAAGACAAUUACUGACUCUUCAAAAUUCACCCCCGAGAUACAAAUGCAAUGGUGUGAAACAUUACUUACAUAUGCCUUUAAUGAGGAUUUCAUAUCGCAAUAUAACAUAAACGCGGAGAAGCUCAAAAGAAGCUUAAAGCCUGAGGAAAUGCUCAAAAACCAGAAAGUCAUUUUGGAACAUUCAUUCAAGGUGCUCACAAAAUUGAUAACUUUAAAAUGGCCACCUGCCAUGUAUUUAAUGGGGACGCUGUAUUCACACCAACCCUAUUUACCUAUAAAGAACAAAAACAUCGUUAUUAAAAAUGAUGAAAAGGCGCUGGAAUAUUAUUGUAAAGCUGCGAAAUUGAACAAUUCAGAUGCAUGCUACCGUGCAGGUGUAUGCUUUGAAUACCAAAGGGGCACCUCUUCUUUGGAUCCAUCACCAACCAAAGAACAAUGCAUAAAAAAGGCCUUCCAAUACUACCAGCAUGGCGCAGAAGUUUGUUCAAAUUCUGCGUGUAUGUAUAAAUUAGGGAUGAGCCAUUUAUACGGUCUGAACAUGCAAAAGACUGAUGUAUUGCUAGCUAUUAAAUGGUUUGAUAAAGCUGCCCAAAAGGGUGACUCUCCACAAACAUUAUAUGAGUUAGGUAAAAUAUAUGAAUUCAGUGUUUUGCCGCCAGAAAUCCAGAACCUAUUAUUUGCGAACGGCAUACGAAAAGACUCUCAACUGGCAAUAAAAUACUACCAACAAUGUGCCAAAGAUUUUGAGUACCCUUUAGCGCAAUGGAAAUUAGGAAAUUGUUAUGAGUUUGGAGACCUAGGGUUGCCAGUGGUGGCCAAAAAAUCCAUAUAUUGGUAUUCCAAAGCUGCUGCUGCUCAGCCGAAGGGGAAUCCGAUGGCAAUGUUAUCCUUAAGUGGAUGGUACUUAACGGGAGCACCAAAUAUUUUGAAACCAAACAAUAAAGAGGCAUUCAACUGGGCCUUGAAGAGCAGCAAGUGUUCAGACGGUAAAUUAGCCCGCACUGAAUUUGCCUUAGGAUUUUAUUACGAAAAAGGUGUCGGUUGUGAAGUUGAUUUGGAUCUGGCCAAACAAUAUUAUCAGAGGGCUGCAAGAAUGGGAUUCAGGAAGGCAGUUGAUGCUCUUCGAAGUUUGACAAAUUAA